AUGGAAUUUGAAGCUCAGGCUGGUGAUCACCGCGUCAACCCUCCAACAAAUGCCUCUACAAUCAUUCCAAAGCCUUCAUGGACCAAGCAAGACGAACAGAGUGAUUGUGGACGUACCAAACGGUCCAAACUAAACCGUAUCAAUAUAUCCCUUCCGCCCCCGCAAUGCAAUGCUCAGAUGUACGGUUACCACAUAUCUGAGAAAUGGCUUUAUGAGAAAGCUCGUUUCUUCCUCGCCAAGCUAUGA